AUGGCAACAAUUCCCAUGCCCGCCCGAGGCGACCGAAAUGCCCCCCGCUUUGACUCCGCCAAACCGCGUGAGUUGCUCCGCUACUUCUCGGAUCUCGAGUUCCACUUCGCGCGCGCUGCUGUGACUGACCGCGCCGAGAAGAAACAGCAUGCAACACGUUUCUUGAGUGUCGACGACCAGGAUCUAUGGGAGUCACUAGCCGAGUUCAACGACGCAACUAAGACCUAUGAGGACUUUAAGGCUGCAGUUGUGAAGCUAUAUCCAGGAAGUGACACUGACCGCAAGUUUGCGAUGAGUGAUCUCGAUGCGCUCAUUGGCGAAACCGGCCGUAUGGGCAUCCUAUCGCGCGCAGAUUAUGGAGAGUUCUAUCGCAAAUUCGUGCUGAUCACCGCCCACCUUAUCACCAAGAACCGCCUCUCGUCUGCUGAGCAGAGCCGAGCGUUCCGUCGGGCGAUAUCGCCUGCCUCGCUUUGGGAGCUAGCACACCGCCGGCUUCAAAUCAAGAAGCCAGACGUCCACCCCGACGAUCCGUACGACCUAGCCGACAUGAACGAAGCCAUGGAGUUUGUGCUCGCUGGCUCUAAUGCCGAUCUUAGCACCUCCGCGUUGCGUUCCCCGUCAGCCGAGUCACCAUCAUCUACCACUGCCAUUGUUAAGCAAGAGCCUGGAGUCGCGGCCAUCUUGGACAGCAUCAACGGCUUGAUUAAGGUGCUUACCACGCAACAGCAACUCGCCGCGGCCCCGCCACCACGUCCGAAUCCCGUCCCUCGCUCAUCACCCGGUUUGUGCAACAUGUGCGGAGAAGGUGGUCAUUAUAUUGGCACCUGCCCCACGGUUGAAGAGUACACAAAGCAAGGCAAAUGCAAGCGCGACGUUAACGGCCGCGUCACACUGCCUAGCGGUGCCUUUGUUCCGUCCCGCAUCCUCGGCGCCAACCUCCGUGACCGCAUCGAUGAAUACCAUCGACAGAACCCAGGUCAACUCGCGGCCGGGCAGCUCAUGCUCGAUUUGGCACCGAGAACCGCUCCUGCUGUCGCUCCUGCCCAACCCGUCGCCCCGGCCUUUGCGCUGUCCGAAGCCGACCGGAUCGAGAGUCUCGAACGAGAGCUAUUUGCGCUAAAGACUCGUGCGCAGGCUCGCGCCGCCAUCGCCGCUGGAGAGCCAGUCGAAAGGCCUGAACAGCCGAUUCGGGCUCAGUCCGUGCCAAGCCAGCCACCCGUUCCUCCGCCGGCCGAGAACCAGCCAGUCCCGCGCAUUUUGACUCGCCCAGCCGUUGCCCCAGUCAUCGCUCAGCCCGAGCAUCCGUUUGCCAAGGCCCGUGAUGCAGCAUAUGCCCCUCCGCGUGACCGUAAUGUAGGUGCUCGCGCUCCCGUUUUACCCGCUGCAAAGAAGCCCGAGGUCGCGUAUCGAACGACGGCACCUGUCUAUGAUGAUAAGAUUGCAAGUCAAGUAUUCGGGCGUUCUAUGGACGCACCUAUUACCUUGACGCAGCGCGAACUGCUUUCGCUUUCGCCUGAAGUCCGUGCCCAAGUACGUGAUGCAACAACGAGCCGCCGCGUGGCUCCCAACGCCAACGAGAAGGCUGCCGCAGCCGCCAAACCAGUGCAGCAGCUAUUUGCGGAUGAGCUACCUGCAAGCGAUGCAUUAGUUGACACGUUGGAAGAACAGAGAGAAAAGGAUUCACGGAGUGCUGCCUUUUUCGACUCCAUGCCCGCCACAUUUGUCCAAUCGGCUCAGCGUGAGCUUCCACCUAACGCCUUCAUUGUUCCGGACCCCUUCGAAACGUUCUACGCCGCUGGCGAGAUGCCCAAAGAUCUUGUCGUCUCCCUCGAGUCGUCCGCAAUCCGCUCCAUACUCCCUAUCAUCGACAAUCGCCUUCGCAUAGAGUCCAUCUUGGAUGGCGGCUCGCAGAUCAUCGCCAUGUCUGACGCGGUUUGUCACGAGCUUGGCCUCGUUUACGACCCCACCAUUGUAUUGCAGAUGCAGUCUGCUAAUGGCUCAGUUAAUCCAUCACUCGGCCUUGCGCGCAACGUACCCUUUGGGAUCGGCGACAUCACCCUAUACCUCCAGAAACUUCUCAGAUGA